ACACAUUUCACUGUUCAAAGGACGUAUGUUCAGUAAGUGAACUAGUUUAGAGGAAGGUGACAGUACAUUGCGAUGGAAUUCUUGUCUCGGUUUGUAUUGAUAUUUUUGACGGGAUAUUUUUGCUGCUGGCUUCCCAAUGGUGUCCUAAUGGCAAAUUUGACUAUGUUUCCUCCCGAAGCUUUGGAUGUGGCCUGUUCAUUGCCAUCUAACGAGCAAGGGGUCUGUGUAUACGCGUAUUUGUGUCCUGAUGGCGUGGUAAAUACAGACGGUGAAGGACUGGUUGAUUUACGUAUGGGUGAUAUCUGUGAGGAUUAUUUCCUGCGAUGCUGUUCCAAGGAAUCGGUUUGUGCGGAAAACAAUGGCCAGUGCGUUGCUAAGGAAAAGUGCGGAGUUGAUCUCAAUGAACCAAGAUACAAAUUGUUUAAGAAUAGUCAAGAAUGUGACUGGAGUGGAUACAAAUGCUGCCCGAAGAAGUAUGUUGGUAAGAAAAAAAUACCAUCCACUUCAACAUCUGGUGAGCUUGAAACGUGCAGCGUUAAUGGCGUAUGUGUCCCGGAUGAUCAGUGCCUGGUAAAUCCGGAUGGCAUAUCCGUAAUCGAAGCCAGAAAUGCCGAUUGUAGCAAUGGCGUUCAUACCUGUUGCCCAGCUGAUAAAGUUAAGUCUAGCUCCGAAUCCGAUGCCUGUAGUACCGUUGGAGGAAAAUGUGUUCCACAGAGUCAAUGUUCAACUCUACUUACAAUAAACGUACGAACCUCUCAAUGCGAAAACCCGGCAUACGUUUGUUGUACUGAAGAAGGAAUUAAUAGCACAUCUGCUGCAUCUAGCGGAAAGCCAUGCUUCAAUGGAAAUGGCAAAUGCACAGCUAGAAAUACCUGUCGAAGUACAACUUACCGCGAUCGUAAAGGAGAAUGCAAUGGACUUGUUUGCUGCGCCACCAUCACUACCCCAGGGCAACAACCCACGAAACCAUCUCGCACUACUACAGAAAGUACAUUUUCGAUAACUGACAGCAUUGAACCUGCAACCGAUAGAAUAACCUGCAACGACAUUGGAGGACUUUGCUUGCCUGCUCAAGAGUGUGUAAUGAGUGCAAGUGAGAUAUAUGAAGAAUGCGAAACUGAAUACAGAGUUUGUUGUGUGCGACAAGGCAGUACAACUGAAAAGACAGCACUCGAUCCUAAUAAACCUAAACCAAUGAAUCACGAUUAUAUCCCACGAGGAUGCGGUUAUCGCAAUGAGAACGGAGUAGGUUUCAACACUAUAGGUGGUACGGAAGGAGAGGCUCAAUAUGGUGAAUUUCCGUGGAUGGUUGCGGUAAUGACGGGGACCGGACCAAGCCUUAAAUUUGUCUGCGGGGGAGCUCUGAUCGAUCCUGAAGUUAUUCUUACAACUGCAGAUUGCGUGAAAUCAUUUCGCCGAAAACCGGAAACCUUGGUCGUACGUGCUGGUGAGUGGGACAUGGGCUCAUUGAAAGAACCUAUUCCAUAUGAAGAACGCAUUGUUAGACUCGUGAGAGUUCAUCCUGCAUUCAAAUCGACAUCGCUGGUGAAUAAUGUCGCUCUUCUAUUUCUGAACGAUAAGUUCGAUCUUGGUGAUACGAUUGAGCCAGUUUGCUUACCACCGAAAGAUUUCGUCAUAUCCAAUGGGUAUGUAGUAGCUACAGGGUGGGGAACCACACCAACAAAUCGUGACAAAUACCAGCAAAUUUUAAAAAGUCUAGAGCUGCCCUACAAUCAACGAUCGGAUUGCGAACGUGUGCUGCGAAAGAUGACGAGGAAUUCGAGGUUCACGCUGGAUGAAAGUUUUUUGUGCGCGGGUGGUGAUUCAGAAAUAGAUACAUGCAGAGGAGAUGCAGGAUCGCCAAUUGUUUUCGCUAUCCCCGAUGAUCUGCAGUAUCGCGUGUAUGCCGUUGGUAUGGUGUCUUGGGGCGUCGGGUGUGGGCGCCCAGGAGUACCGGCAGCCUACACGAAUGUGGCUAAGUUUAGGGAUUGGAUUGAUGAACAGAUGACACAGGAAGAUCUUACGGUGUAUUAUUACAUGUACUAUAAAGAAACGAAUGAGGGUAAUGAUGGAGAGCUAGGUUUGUAGAAUCUUCGAAGUACUUCGUAUGAUCAUUGAAACAAUAUAAAACCGUUGAAUAAA